AUGCUCUCGGAAGAGGAGCUAAUCGAGGAUGAAGAAAAUAAUGCUAGUUGUUUUGAAAACAGCGAAAAUGACCUUCAAAUUACCAAAGAUGAAACAACACAAUCAACCUCGAUCGACGUGGAGGAAUUACAAACUAGGAACCAACGAAAGGAAUUACAUUGCCAUGAGUGUGGACGCAAGUUCCGCACGCAGCACCGUUUCGAAGGACACAUGCGAGUACAUCAGGGGCUGAAACCUGCACUCUGUAAUAUAUGUGGAAAGCAAUUUAUGCAAUGGUAUAAUCUAAAACUUCACCUGAAGUAUAAACACUCAAAUCGUAAUCUAGCCAAGAUUGCGUGCGACUUCAAAGGAUGCAAUGCAUCGUUUGCUACAAAACAGGGACUAACGGUGCAUCAAAGAAGGCAUGAUCCUAAAUACGUUAAACCCGCGUCUAACAAAUACGUUUGCGAAUCUUGCGGUAAAACUUUUUUGGAAAACAAUGGACUUAAGAAACAUUUGUACACUCAUACAGGUGAUAUGCCUUUUCAGUGUGAAAUUUGCGAUAAAAAACUACCCACUGCUUACAAACUUAAGAUACAUAAGCUGCGUCAUCAGGGUAUUAAGAACUUUGAAUGUCCACACUGUGGGAUUAAAAAAAUAACUUCGGACGAACUAAAAGCCCACAUGAACUGUCAUACAAAGGAGAAAAGGUUCACCUGUGAUCAAUGUGAGCAAGUUUUUUCAAACUCAGGUAAUCUCACGCGACAUGUCAGACUCGUUCAUCACCGAGUGAAAGCAUUUAAGUGUUCAUACUGUCAUCGAUCGUUUGGAAAAGCGGAAACUCUAAAGCACCACGUAAUGACACACACCGGUGAAAAACCACACGAAUGUGCGAUAUGUUUUAAGCGGUUUAUACAACUCGUCGCGCUUCAAACCCAUACUAAAGUCCAUGCGGAGUGUACAAAUGGUUUGCCAGCUGGAAAAUGAUUUAGAGUCUAACGGAUAAACUGAGCGAUGUAAUGUUUAAUGCAGAUUACAAAGACUUUCGUUUAUGAUUAUGUACAUGAUUGAACAAUGCAAGCCCGUUCGAUAUUUGUAACACGUUUUGCUCAUUUAUUGAAGUAAUACAUUCAC